AUGACCUCAUCAAACACAACGACAACCUCCCAGAACCUUCGAAGAAUACCAGUGAUACAACCUCCAAACUCAUCUCAACAACGAGCUAGAUCUCAAUUGGCGCCUCCAACUACAGCAUCAUUCCCAAGCCUCAACUCUGCACAAAGAGCUGGUGGUGCUCGUAAGAAAGUUGUCUUGGAACAGGGUUGCUCUCCUUUAGAUUGGGCAAGAUUAAAUUCAAGUGGUCAAAAUCUAAGAGGAAUUGAACCUCAUCAGUUCCCAUUAAAAGUUGAUAAAGAAAUGUUAAAAUUACACAAACAAAAAAAUGAUUGUUGGACUGUUCUUAAAGGGAAGGUUUAUAAUAUUACACCUUAUGUUAAAUUUCAUCCUGGUGGUGUUGAGGAGAUUAUGAAAUGUGCUGGUAAAGAUGGAACUUCACUAUUUAAUAAAUAUCAUGCCUGGGUGAAUUUCGAAAGAAUGUUGGAGAACUGUUUUAUAGGGUUUUAUAUUGGCUAGCAAGUAUAGAAUUGUUGCCUUAGAAUCAUAGAAUGGUUUUAUUGCUGGCCGUUGUAGAGCCUUUUUGAUUACAUUAAAGCACUAAGCACUACGAUUAUUAAUCAUACACGUAUAAUCCAGG